AACUAAAUUGAAUUAAAACAGUUUUAUUCUAAUAUGUACGAAAGCUUCAUAAAACAGUUUAUAAUUUAACAUUAAACAUUACAAAUCGAGGAAAAUACUGUCAUCGUUGUAUAUUAUUUUCUAGUUGAAGAGGUGUAGGUCUAUUAUCUAUGUUUUCAAAUGUGGACUAGAUAAAGAAAUACCAUUUCACGAAAUAUCGUUUUCAUAUAUCGUUAAAAAAAGAAACUUUUCACGGCUAGACGCCCCGUAAACGAAAUCAAUUUCAUGAAGUUGAGAUAACUGAGCGGAUCAAUUUCAUAAAGUUGAGAUAACUGGAUCAAUGCCAUAAAGUUGAGAUAACUGAGCGGAUCAAUUUCAUAAAGUUGAGAUAACUGAACGGAUCAAUUUCAUAAAGUUGAGAUAACUGAACGGAUCAAUUUCAUAAAGUUGAGAUAACUGAGCGGAUCAAUUUCAUAAAGUUGAGAUAACUGGACGUCCCAACUUGAGCCUAGUUAUCUUUGCACCCGACUUCCUCCUGAUGUUAUGCUUGACUACAUAUUACGAAUUUUGAUUUCGUAGUUUUUUAUUUCUCCUAAUAUAUAUAUAUAUAAUUCAUUUUGAUAAAAUCUAGAUGUGAUGAUUACACUGAAGCUUAACGAUGGAUGUAAACUCUUUGCGAUGCAUAGUUACAAGCCAUAUGAUACUUUUGUCAUUCAACUUAGCAUGAAAUAUACAGUUAGCAUCUUCAAAACACACCGAUGUUAAUAUUGUACGGAACAUAAACAUAUGUUUCUCCUCUGAAUAAUUAUAUAACGUUUAAAUCUUCAACGUUGAAACAUUUACACCUGUAAUGUUAUAUUGUGGAUGGAUUUUAGGUUUCUAUAUGAAGGAUUAUAAUUAUAGAAGUCGGGAUAAAUAUUUACGCGUCGGGAAAGAGGAACUCAACAUUGAUAUGUAGCGGAUUCAUCUGAGACAGAUACGCUUACAAUGCAAGGAAAGGAACUCAAUUUUAAGGUCAAUCUGACCUACGGAGAUGAUAACAUUCAAGAUGAUGGUUUCGGCAGUUUGUUACAGCUAAUGUUUGUAUUCUUUGGCGUCAUUAUGCCAAUCAUCGGGGUAAUUGGAAUCAUUGGAAAUAUUUUAACUGGAAUUGUGUUAUUCCGACGAGAAAUGAGAUCCACAACAGUCUAUUUUUUGAGAACGUUACUGAUAACAGAUUCUGGAAUAAUACUUGGUGCAAUUAUGGGAGUAUCGAUUAUUUCUAUCACACAGUUGGAUUCUAAAGAAUUGUUAUUCAAUGAUGUGAUUUACCCACAUAUUUUUACACCAAUAAAUUACUUUGUGAUGGCUCUACAAACGUUAAAUGUUUGGACAACUGUUGCCGUCACCGUAGAACGUUAUAUCGCCAUUUGUUUACCGUUCAAAUCAAUAAAUAUAUGUAAUAGACGUAACGCCUAUAUAAUGAUUGGUAUCACAACACUGUUAUCAGUCGUUUAUAACAUUCCGAGGUGUUUCGCUACAGGAUUUACUACAUGCGGUGAUCGUUGUUAUAUGGUAAUAACUACUGAUUUUGGCAAAUCCUAUUUUUAUACAACGGUUUAUAGCGAAUGGCUGUACACAAUUCUUAUCUAUGUUAUCCCUCUUCUAAUGUUAGGGGUUUUAAAUACUCUGCUUAUUAAAGAAUUGAUGCGCAUGCGUAAAAGAAGAAGUGUGACAAACACUAAAGAAAACACAGAGUUUAACUUAGGUAUUGUGCUAGUUAUAAUUGUAGUGGUAUUUAUUAUUUGUCAGACUCCUGGAUUAGUGGCACAAUUUUAUUUUCUAGACGCCGAUUUUUUAAUGCAAUGGACAUGUGUGAGUAACACGUUAUUUGUGUUGAAUUCAUCAGUGAAUUUUAUUAUAUAUACCGCGGUUGGAAAGAAAUUUAGAACUGUUCUUCUAAAAAUAAUUACAAAGUGUCUAUGUGGUUCUGGAGCUUCCUCGAAUAUAGACAGAGAAGUUACCUCAUUAACAACAAUAAAAGAAACUUACGUAUCGGGCGUAACUUGUGAUGAAUUGUCUGCAUUGACUACCGGUGACUGAAAAAUAUAUUUUUGGUGUAUAAAUAAAUAUACAAAUGAU